AUGCUAUAAAAAAUAUUAACAUUAAUAUUUGCUCUAUUAGAGUUAUUUGUCUUAUACUACCUACAUUUUAAUUUAGAUUAAUUGUGCACUUAGAUAGUCAUACUUAAGCAAUUAUUAGCUAUUUUAUCCUUAAUUAUACCAGGUAAAAUAAAUAUUUUUAAAGUAGCUCUAAAAAAUAUAAAAUGCUCCUUACUUUUAUAACCAAUCUAAACUAGCAUCUAAUUUGGAUUUUUUUCAUAUUUUAUAACAAACUAUGCUAUUGUAAAUUUCAUAUUGAGUGUCAUCAUAAGAUUAUUUGUAAUUGCUUUUAUCAUUAUUUUUCCAUUUUUUAUAUUUCUUACAAUGAAAUUAUGUAGUUUCUUAAAUUUUGUUGGAUUAAUAAUCUCAAUAUAUUUAUUGAUUGAUUUAUCAUGGAAAACUGGUGUGCAUUUUUAAUAUAAUCUUAGACAUGCAUAAAUUGUAUCUUUAAUUCCAGGAUUUAUAUACAUUUACUAUUUAUUUACUUGCGAAAAUAUUGUCUGUAAACUUUCUAUAUUAUUACCUUUACUAUAAUUUAUUAUUACUGACAAAGGAUCACUUAUAACAUCUCUUAUGGUUUGUGUUUUUAUGAUGUAGACAUCUAUUUUGACGAUCUACAUCAUUUAAAGUUUACUACUAUUUUAUGUCAUUUUUGGAAUGAAAAAUAAAUUUGCAUAUAUAUUAAUUGGAUUUAUUAUAUCUUGUACUGUAGAUAUAACAGAAAGCAGCAUGACAUAAAUAUUAUAUUUUAUUAUUUAUGUGAUUACUUUAAUUCAAACAAGACUUAAAUAAAAACUAGAAUGA